AUUAAUAGGGAAAGGAACUCAAUUUUCGACCCUUGAACAUACUUACCCAAUACCAACACUAAAUUAAAAUAAAGGAAAAUGAAGCUUGACCCUACAGUUCUCCGAACUAUGGGCCCCACGGACUUUCGUGUUUUAGAAGCUAUUGAGAAGGGAAUGCAGAAGCAUGCUUUGGUCCCGUCUUCUUUGAUUGCGACUCUUUCCUCCCUUAGGCAUGGUGGUACCGGCAAAAUACUUAGCGGCCUAUUGCGCGACAAGCUUCUGUCUCAUGAUCAGUCAUGUGGCUAUGAUGGAUAUCGUAUCACUACGGGUACGUCAACUUUUUGUAUGCCAGAUAAAUUAUGUUUUCAUUCUUAUCAAAGACGACAUCCUUUUUAAACACAUUUUGGUUGCACGUCCCGGUAGCCGGUUACGAUAUUUUGACUCUUUACAACCUAAAAUGUCGGAAGAUUAUUGCAGCUAUCGGAGAUAGAAUAGGGACAGGCAAAGAGAGUGAUAUUUAUUUGGCCGUCCGUCCCAACGGGGACCAAAUUGUAUUGAAAUUUCAUCGUUUAGGUAGAACGAGUUUUCGAAAUGUGAAGAAGACAAGAGAUUACUUCGUUUAUCACCAAAAAGGACGGAACAUAGGUGCUCCAAAGACAAACCAAGCUAAUUCUUGGUUGUUUUUGAGUAGGAAGUCUGCAUUAAAAGAAUUUGCGUUUAUGAAAGCCUUGUACAAUGUUGAGUAUCCGACCCCGGAACCUAUUGCUCACAAUCGGCACGUUGUGGCAAUGACGCUGAUUCGCGGGGUCCCUCUGUAUCAGAUUAUUAGGACAAAGUUAAGUGCAGAGCAGGCAGCUUCUAUUUUUCAUCAGGCAAGCGAGUUGGCUUUGCGUCUUGCCAAACAUGGAUUAGUGCACUGCGAUUUGAAUGAAUUCAAUCUAAUUGUUGAUGUUAGUGGAAUACAGCAAAAGUCACUAUCACAAGAACACGAUCACUACGUGAGGCAUUCAGGUAUGUCUGUUGCAGCAGAGACUAAUCCAGGAAUGUUGAGUGCUCGAGGACCUUGGGAACCAGAUCAUCUUCAAAAAUUUCAACCUGAUCAUCAAUCUGAUGAUCGGGAAAACGAUCCCGCGCCACAACCAACAGAACUUUUGGAUAAUGGAGAGCCAAAGCCCAUUGUAACGUUGAUUGAUUUUCCCCAAAUGGUUUCAACUCGGCAUCCUAACGCUAGGGAGCUUUACGAAAGAGACACGUCCUGCCUUUUGAAGUUCUUCACCCAUAAACUUCAGUUCCAAAUUCCAGAAUCCGAUAUGGAAAAUUUGUUUUUAUCCUGGGAUUCGGUGUUAGAAGUGCUAGAAAGACAACAAUCAUGUUCUAUUGAGCUAGAGGAUAUUGGAGAAAGAGCUUCAGCUUACGAUUCUGAAAGCGUCUGUUUGGCCAGCAAGGCACAGUUACGGUUGGAUGAGGAGCUGAAGGCAAGUGGGUAUACUGACGUAAACUCAGGUCUAGAAACUCCGCUUCAUUAUUAUGACAAAGAAAGCGAAUCCAAGGAUAUUUCCAUUGAGGGCGACAACGACAGUCUAAGCUCAGAUUUAGUCAAUGCCGAUAAAGUUGAUGAUUGUGGUUUGUCAAUUGGUUCGGAAGGUGACCACGUUUCGAUUUCUAUGAAUAGCACAUCUUUAAGUGUAUUGUACCCACCAGAAGAACUCGCAAAUUUAUCACGCCAUCAGUUACAAGAACAAGCUAGGGCUCGUGUUCAGCUACAGCUCGAAUCGCAGAAGAAAAAGAAUCGUCAGCGGGGUGCUUUUCGAAAACGAAACAGUAACAAAAGUUAUAGCAAAGGAAAGAGAGUAUACAGCGAUAACGGAUUUUAACAUCAACUGGGAACUUGCAACAGAGACCGGUAGUUGGAGACCGCCGCCAUGUUUUGGCUGUGAUCCUAACUACUAUUUUCAGUAACGAGUAGAUCACACGACUCUCUUUUCAAACUCAGUUCGCCCCAUAAUUUCACGCAUGUAAAUCGCAUAAUGAAAUCUAUAGUUAAAGAUAUUGAAUGGAAUAACGGCAUCAUGAAAAGUUUCUUCGCACUGCAUCAGCUCGCAGUGCUCGUUACAAUCAGCCCAACUAUUGAAAUUUCCACAGCUCUUCAUCCAUUGCGAGCUUAGACCAGCUCUUACAGACAAGAGAAGCGUGAUAUAAAUCAUCAUUUGAUAAAAAUGAAAAGACAGCAAGUCCAGCGAUCUUAGGUUGCUCUGGGAUAUCGUGCCCAAAAUAUGGCUCAGUUGGUUCCAACUCCCCAGGGGUUAUCUUCCGUUUCUUACGAUUUGUAGCUGGAUCAAAAGGCUUACGCACACCCGGAGUUCGAGGGCUUCCAGCUGCUCUCUUCGUAUGACUUUUUAAUUUAGGUGUAGGCAUGGAAUUUCCAGUCGACGGUGGACGGCUACUAUGCGAACCAUGAUGCAUUCUAUGGGAUAUUCCUUCACCCGGCGGCAUCCUACGUGGUGGUUGAUGAUAGCCAUGAGGAACUGACAUACUCAUUGGAGAAUAUCCCAUGUGGUGAUGACCAUGAGGAAUCAUCCGUGCAUGCGGCCCCAUAUAUACCCUGUGCGAGUGUUGGGGAAGAGGAUAGCCACGACUUCCUUGCGCUGGAUAUCCCCUCUGGUUUGGAUGAACCAUGUGAUGCGGCGGAGGCAUCCCGACAACCGGGGACGGUAUUGGUUGCCGUCGAUGUGGUUGCGACACAGGUUUGCUGCUUGAAGUUGAGCUCCCUGAUUUCCACUGCUCAUGAGAGACUCGCAUAGCGUAUUGGGCACCCACUGGAUCCUUCAUUUUAUUCCGUUUGUCAGCUAAUUGCUGUGAUCCAGGAUGAUUCUUGCACUCUUGACAUUUACAUUUCUCGCCACAGAACGCACCAGCAUUGAAACACUAUCGAUGACAAAAAACAAAUGUGAGCCGUAACUUCGUUUUCCGAAAAGUGAUGUUGAUGAACCGAUCGAAGUCAGACGACAAAACCAAGAAAAGGUGACAUACCUCGCAGUACUUCUUCAAACACUGAGACUUCUUGCAUUUACAACCAGAGUUGUGGACUUUCUGUGAAGCUUCGGCACCUUGCGAGUUUUUAAGAACAAUUUUUUGUUGGAAGGCCUUAGAAUUUUUAGCCCGUGUGUCUUUGAUUGCUUUCUUUCGCUCCUCUUCAAACUCUGGGGUAUUCCGGCAAUCAAGACAGUUGCAUCCAUUGCAAAACCGCUCCGCUCCAAAACAUUCGCAGUAUAGUUUCAGACACUUCGAUUUCUUACAGUUGCAUGUUUUCCUUUUAGGUGCUGUUUUUUUCUUGCUGUUUUCCUUCCCAAUGGAAGGCGGCACAGGAUUGUGCUGGUGAUGUAAAGACUUAUUAUCUCGAGGAGGAAAGUGACUCAUGUAUAUUGGUUUUGGUGGACGUACACCAGCAUUGGAAUGAUCUAUCUUCCGAGGAUACAUGGGUUUCAUAGAAGGUCCCACUGGUGGUGGAUAAGAGCUAUGACGGCCUCUUCCAUGACCUGGUCUUAUAUGACUAUACCCCUUACUUGGAGUUGCAAGUUCACCAAACCCGUAUGGAUGAUGAGACGAUCUUUGAUGUUGAGAAGGAGGCUGGAUACGACCGUGAAUGGUGCCAUAUCCCGAAGAACCAUUAUUUCGUUCGACUGAGUUUUUGUUGUGAUUGGUUGAGCUCUGCUGCAUCAUGCUAUUGAUUCCCUCUAACGUUUUCCUAGUGUUGAGUGGUCCCGUUCCACCAAUUUCGAGACGAACUGGUCCCUGUGUCCUAUUUUUUGAUGGCCACAAUUGUUUUGGUUGUGCCCCUGGAUCCAACCUUGAACUUGGAGCCUCGCCCUUCCUAUCACUGAUAGUCACUGCACUUGCCUUUGGAUGCUCGGCAGAUCCUAGUCCAAUGAUAUCCUUGUGAUCCUUGGAAUGGUGGUAUCUACGGUCUGAGGAGAUAUCAUGGUUGCAAUCAUAUUGAAGGGAUGGUCUGGGAUCUCCGUGUAUGGCGUUGGAUUGAUCAAAAGAAAGCAGCUCGCUAACGUCAGGAGACAUCGGUGAUCUUUGAGGUCGCCUGUCACGUCUUGAAGACGGAGGAGAGGAUGUUCCCUCUGAGUUGCCCUGGGAAGGGGAUCGAUUAAUACCCAUCAAGCUACCUCCGAAAAAAGACUCAUCUAGUUUGAAUGGGGUAGAGGCAUCUUCGUACAAACCUUCAAAGCUAGGUCCCAUUGGGGAAUAGUCUCCUGUUGGCAAGGUCCCAGUUGGAGUAUCUAUGUCGAAGCUAAGAUUGGGUCUUUUUAAGUAUGGUGAUGGACGAAAUGCCUCGUUCUUCGCUUCUGAACCACUGCAACCAAGAUCUCUUCUAGGAGAUCGAAAAGGAGAUCUUGCUGGCCUUUUCUCCACAUUUUUUUCUGGAGUCGAUGCCUCUGCUGCUUUAGAUGAUGUUCUAGCACCUAGUGACGAGGGUGAAGAUGGCGUUUGCUCGUCACUUUCAAAAGGUGGGUAAACCACUUUUGGAGUGCCCAGACCGGGGGACAGUACAGAUUGGUUAUCCCAUUGAGAACGUUCGUGGGACUGAUGGGAAUAAUAUGGAGAAUACCCAGAAUGGUAAACUCCAUGGUGAGCAUUACCACGGCUUGGCGUCCGACUUUCUCCGUUGUACGUCGUGAACUGAUGGGAGUGUCUAUACGAGUUUUGGUACCCUGGAGAUCCCCCAGAUCUCGACGUCGAAGACAAUCCAGCAUUUGUCGAAGGACCAUCUUGUGCACGUGAAUGAUAGCGAUGGUGAGGCAGAUGUGAUCGUUUCACCAAAGACGGACGAUCUAGUUCGGAUAGUCUUCUCUUUUUGGGAACGCUGUUCGUGACAGGUUCUUCAGCAGGCUCACUUCCACGUGGUGAUCUAGCUAAGUCUCUCGGUGGUGAGCUUUCAUCGAAUUCAAAACCCAUUCCCAUUAUUGUGUCGUUGAGAUCCAAUUGAUCAUAAUCGACUCGAUGAUUGGAUUGCUGUUCUCCCGUUCGAUGACAUCCAUCGUUGAGAGAGGAUGGGAACCAUUUGUUUGUGAUGUCGCACAACAUGUUGCAUUUUAUGGGACGCAAGUCCGAGGACAAUUGUUAUCAUUGAUCGUGAUAAAUUCAUUUAGGACAGUUGUCGACGUGCCCAUUGCAAGCGAUGAAUUGCAGGUGAUGAAGGUGCCGCCAAAGCAAGGAAACCAAGAUUAAAAAGCGAAAAUGUUAUUCAGUUUCGCCAUAUAGAACGAAGAGGAAAAUCAUUUUGGAAAAGUAGCCGUUGCAAUUUUCAAGUCGUGGGUAAGCGUGAUCCAAUAAAAUUAUUUUGACAAAAAAAAACAAGAAAUAAAUAGACAAAAUAUUAGCGUUGAAUUUGAUCAAAACGUUAAACAAAAAUUAGUGGAGGGAGGUCAAGAUGAUUCGCAAGAUUCCUUCAUGAAGUGUAUGGUGCACUAGAGUGAAUGUUACCGGGACUUCUACGUCUAGGACAUCCAAAGUAGAAACGCAGGAACGAAAGCUUGCAUAUCACCAACUCAUUCUAGUCCUUGCAGUUUAGUUCGGUAAGACGAUGUCUACUCGCAGGGGAAGAUGUACGGUUUUGUACUCAACCGAGACACCCAAGGUGUCAUUUUCAUCGUAUUCCGUUCUAUUUUGUACGAUACAGACAAUAGACUUACCAACGGAGGUGAAAACAGAUAAUUUCGAGAUAUCACUGGAGCUCGCGAAGGACUCGACCUUGUAGCUGCAACCUUAGAAGAGUCUCCUUCCUGUAAAGAUGUGUCGCCAGAAAAAUCAUGAUCAUUUCCCAGUUUUUCGCUUUCUAGAGUAUUUGAAACUUCAUUUAGGGGUUCUUCCUUCACCUUUGAGCUUGUGCCGGCGUCAUUUACUACCGACGGUCCUCCGGAAAUGUGAGCUGAAGUCUCAGUGAUGUUCGACAGCCCCUUUGUGCCUUUCUGUUGUGGGAGCUCGUUGUGUUUGGUAUCAGGACAUUUACUAUUGUUGGUGCUGCUACUGCUGCCGCCGCCCAUAGAUUGGUCUUCUAUGGUAGAGUCUAUCAUCCGAGAAGAAGUAGGCAUGGUUUUUGACUAUUUGCUCGCUUGAUCCUGCUGUGUCGGUUGAUGCUGCUUCUCGCCUGAUGCUGUUUCUCGUUCAACUCCCUCCUAAUCUGAGUAAUCAACGGACAACAGGUACGAGUAAUCUUUCGGAGUUGGAAAACGGUCCGAACAACAAUAGCACCUCUUUUGUCAGGACACAAUAUGAGAAAAUGAGUCGCAAUCGCAGACUGUCGCAAUAUUAGAACUGUGCCUCUUUCGUAUGGUACAUCCAAGCCGAAGGUUUGCUCCUACACAAGUGAGAUGUGCACCUAUCUCAUGGAAUUGGAAGAUAGGUUGUCAUUUCCUGUGUGAGUCUACUACUACGACAACAAUUCAUUCAAUUUCUUCACAUGAAAAAACCGCGUAUUUUCACUACUUUUUUCAGCGCGAACUAGAGGGAAGCAGGGGAUUUGGUGGGAACAUAUUCCAUGAGAGCCGGCUUGCUCGAAAUUCAAAACUCGACGCCUAAGUGACAUGGCGGGGCGAGUGUGCUACAGUAGACCGUUAGUUAUUAAAUACGGGGGUAUUCCCCCGAGUUUGGCAAGCACACGCGCUCACGCGCCAUAGAUGCGACACAAACAAGCCUACUUACUGAGAAUACUACCAUACAUAUUGUAGAUACGAUACAGAGAAUAAUACUGUAUUGAUGGA